UAAUUUUUACACACGGUAAUAAACUAAUAAUGACAAGAUCCUUAUCUCAGAGAGUCGCAGCAUCAAGCCAUUAGCUCAUUCGGAAAGCAAGUAAGUAGCAGUAGCUUAGUACUAGUGCACUGAUCCAUGCAGAAUCCACGGCAAAUAAUGUCGCUGUGUUUACGAAUAGUUAUCAUAGCGCUGUUAUCAGUAGCCAGCUGCUCCCUCAAAGUUCACAAAUCUAACAUUUCUUCUUCUUGCAAUAUGAAUUUAAACAUCAGCUGCCCUUUUUAUCUUGAAGAUCAUCCGCAAAACUGCCGCAACUUCAGCUACCCACUCUCUUGCCAUAACAAUCGGACUUCUCUACCACUUCUCAGUACCGAAUUCUAUGUGGAGGCUAUAAAUUAUGCCAAUUCUUCUGUUCGGAUAACUGACUCGGACAUAGCCACGUGUUCCUCCUUUACUCUCAUUCCUUACCGAUACGAUUCUGAUAAAUAUUUUUACGUAAAGGAUAUUUUUUCUCCGCUUGGGGAGUAUAAUACUCCAUUAACAUUUAUAGCCUGUUCAACUCCUGUGAUCAAUUCUUCAAUAUCAAAAAGAUAUAAACGCACGUCUGUGUGCUCAUCAUCAUCAGUCACCUCGUAUGUUGUCGUCGGAUAUAUGGACUACUCAGAAGUGGAAAACAAUUGCACAAUUCGGAAGACGAGUUGGGUGUCAUCUGCGUGGCCUGGUAUUAAUAAAACAUCUUUCAUGGACAUUCACGAUUUCACUUACGGCAUAGAGCUUCCGUUCCGCUACUUUGCCUGCCUAGAGUGUUAUGCUCCUCGAUCGCCAUAUUGUCGUAGCAUAGUAACUUGCGACCCCGAAACAUGGCUCGAUGACGUUUAUUUGAGUUUGGUGAUUGCAGAACUAGCGCUCGCGGGCGUUUGGGCUUCCAUUUUGGUCGUUCUUUUAUCUUUCUUGGUGUAUAUAAGCAUAGGAUUCGAGGAGUUGCUGGCCAUUUUCAUAACUGCAAGAUUUUUGUGUGGAAUACUAUUUCUUUUAGUAUUUCUUGUAUACAAAUUAAAGAGAAGACACAUGUCAACGUAUGACAACAUUGAAGACUUCCUGCAAGGUCAAAACAAUCUCAUGCCUAUUAGGUAUACUUACUCCCAAAUCAAGAAAUUCACCAAAGGAUUCAAAGUUAAACUGGGUGAAGGGGGCUUUGGUACUGUAUAUAAAGGAAAACUUCGAAGUGGUCAUGUGGUAGCUGUUAAAAUAUUAAGCAAUUACAAAGCCAAUGGCCAAGAUUUCAUCAAUGAAGUUGGUACAAUUGGUAGGAUCCAUCAUGUUAGCAUUGUGAGGCUUGUUGGCUAUUGUGUUGAGGGUCCAAAACAUGCUCUCAUCUAUGAAUACAUGUCUAAUGGAUCUCUUGAUAAAUACAUUUUCAAAGAUGGAGAUGAAGAUGGUGGAGUCACUACUUUGAGUAGUGAAAAGAUCUAUGAGAUUUCUUGCAAAGUGGCAUGUGGCAUUGAGUAUCUACAUCGAGGUUGUGACAUGCAAAUCUUGCAUUUUGAUAUCAAGCCUCAUAACAUCCUCCUCGAUGAGAAUUUCAAUCCAAAAAUAUCUGAUUUUGGCCUUGCAAAAUUACGUUCUACUGAUGAUUGCACUGUGACUAUGACUGCCGCAAGGGGAACAAUGGGCUAUAUGGCGCCUGAAUUAUUUUACAAAAAUAUUGGAGGUGUUUCUUACAAGGCGGAUGUUUAUAGCUUUGGGAUGUUGUUGAUGGAAAUGGCGGGAAAAAGAAAAAAUUUGAAUCCUUAUGUGGAUCAAAGUAGCGAGAUUUACUUUCCUUCAUGGAUUUAUGACCAAAUUAGGGAAGGAAAGGAAAUACAAACAGAAGAUGCGUCUGAUAUUGAAAAAGAGUUGGUUAAGAAGAUGAUUAUUGUAGCAAUGUGGUGUAUACAGAUGAAGCCGAUUGAGCGUCCUUCAAUGAACAAAGUUAUUGAAAUGCUUGAAGGGGACCUUGAACUUUUGGUGAUGCCUCCUAAACCUCUGAUUUGUCCACAAGAAACCCCUGGAACUGAAGAUCAAGAACUUGAUUAAAGUUCUUCAAACUGAUGACGUGAUAAUGAAAUUCUGAAUAUGAAGAAGAGACAAUGAUUAGCCCUAUUCAGAUUACUUGAUUUGCCGAAUUAUGAACUAUUUGUGUGAAGCAUGUAUGAUUUUCCGAAUUGUGAACUAUCUGUGUUAAGCAUGUAUGGUUUUCCGAAUUAUGAACUAUCUGUGUGAAGCAUGUAAUGCAAGUUAGUAGUACUUAUUUUCA